AUGCCAGAAGCCCCCCUGGUCACUCUGAAUCGUUGCCAUGUCUUCAUUUGCGACAUCGUGAUUCAAGGCACUCAGAUGUGCGGAGACAGUUUCAGCAACCGGGCAACCUUCAGCCGUCAUGUUCGUGAUCGACACGCUGAUGCCGAGGAAAUUGCGCGCACCGAUGCCCAGUUUGCUGCAGAGUACGGAAUCCAAUUUCACCGACCUGGGCAAGGCCCGUCUUAUGCAUGCGGGUCCUAUCUUCCUACCAAUCAACUGAUGAUCUUGGCUGCGCCAUCAACACUUGAUGCCAAUGACUAUGUGGAACUCUCUGAUGAUGACUCCAAUGAUGACCCUGAUUUUGCAUCUGAAUCUGGAUCUGAUUGCAAGAUUGUGUCCAAACCUGUGUCUGAAGUUGACUUCGAGCCCGAGGACCAAGAGGAGUGGCCAGUUGACGCUGUCACUGAUAUCUUCGCUGGACUGUAUCUACCAUCAAGCAGAUUGGAUGCGGCAUAUGGCCCUAUGCUCGAAGAAAGUGACUGA